CGUGAGUGAUUUUAGCAGUCCAAAAUCUAUCCCCAACGAGGCUCCGCACUCUCUCUCCAGAAACAUACCAGGUGAGUGGAAAUAGCAAUUUCGCUGAAGUGUUGUAAAGGGUUUAGAAGAGGGUUUAUUGUUGAAAAAACACAGACCACUAUCAUGGCGAUGAAGAAUUCAUUGUGCAGAUGCAGAGUACUUGCAAAAAUCGCUACCUCACAACCAACUCCAAGGCGAAUCUCUCCUCCACUAACUCUCCUGCUUCAACAAUCAUCUUGUUACUCCACCAACGAAAAGGAGCACAAGCCACCAACAACUACACUAAAAAAAACACCACCUUUAUACAAGAAAUCACCUUCCUCUACAGAUUUUCCAAGGCCCAAAGAAAUCCCAUUUCAAGCAAAGGUUGCUAAUUCUAUUAACUUAAUUGGGUAUAUCGAUAUGCCUAUUCAAACCCAAGUUUCAUCUCCUGAUGAAAAGUUUCGGGCUGCCACUGUUAUUACCCAGGAACCUUCUUAUCAUUCUCCUGCUCUUCGGAUUCCAAUAAUAUUUGAAGGUGAUCUGGCCCAUAUUGCUGCUUCACACUUGAAGAAAGGAGAUUUUGUCUACAUAGAUGGGCAGUUAAGUACUGACCCCCCUCCUUUCUCUGAGAUGCAGGAUCAAACCCAAGUUCAGGUUUUGGUGAACAGUAUCAACUUUAUUGAGGGGUCUUUCCAGGUGAAGAAAAGUCUACUCGAGCAGCAACUAGAAGUACCCUUAGAUGAUGAUGCCAGCAUGAAGAGAAAGGGUGAAUCUGGAUCGAAUUCCUGGACAGACCUUCUUGAAAAUCCAAAUCAGUGGUGGGAUUAUCGUAGCAGUAAGCGCAGUGGAUUGGUAAAACCAAAGCACCCAGAUUUUAAACACAAGAGUAACAACCAGUCCGUCUGGCUUACUGGGGCACCAAGUUGGAUUUUUUCAGGACUUGAAAAGGUGAAAUUUGAUGUUAAGACUGCCCAACCAACAAAAACAAAGCAGCAAAAAGCUUCUUUUAUUUUUCUUCGGCUUCAAAUAUUUCUUUUCCCGCAUCACACACGGAUAUGAAGAAGGUUUAAUGAUUAUUCAUAGCAGAUGAGUGUCGAUGUGAAGAAGACAUUUAAUUUCUUUUCCAAAUUGUGGACUUGGGCAGCAUGUCUUUGUAGCACUGAAGAUACUUGGUGUUAAAUACUGGUUGUUAAAUGGAACACUGAAGAUGGGUUUGCCAUUCUGGCUUUCUGUAACCAGAACCACCAGCAAAGCAGACAAACACGGCUAAUAAUGGUUUGAAGGAGGGCCACUUUCCUUCCUAAACUUUUCAAUUACUUACCGUGUCAAGUUGGUCUGGAUGAAUUUAUUUAUUUUUUAACCAACGAAUGGGAAUCUUUUUCCUCUAUUUUUCUACAUAAAAGGAAAUACUGAAGGGAAAAAUGCCUCCUUUAGCAAUAUCCCUGAUAAUUAAACGGUAAACAGAUAAACAAGAUAAAGGAGCAGAGUUUCUCUUCUCAUUUCAAUUUCUCAUUUGUGAUCCUGGCAUUCGUAUGUGUGAACUUCCCAUGUAAUUGGGCAGCACCGCACCCCUUUUUGCACGAUUUCUAUCUAAUAUUGUCUUUCCAGCAUAAUUUAAAAAAAAAAGGUAAAAAAUUUGCUUUCUAGAAGAAUUUGUCAGUGAUUUUCGUUGAUAAUUAGAGAAAGGAAGACUCUAUCCAAUUAUUAUCCUUAAUAAUGUCAGCAUCCCCAUUCUACUUUGUUUUUCUCCAAUUUCUAAUUUAUCAGCAAGGCUUUAGGUUGUUCUGCUGGCUUUUUGGCUUUUAUCUUGUUUUUUUCUCUCAUAAUAAUACUAUCUUCAUUGUGGCAUG